AAAUACAUACAUAAUUUCGAUAAAUUCGCAAUUCAACAGCAAUUUAUUCGGCCCCAACUCGACGACGGCUACAGUUUGAUCGUGGAAAUAGACCAUCCUCAAGGAGUUCUUGUCGACCCUUCGGCCGGAAUAGCUCUUGAGCAGUACCGGCGGGUCCGUCUGCUGCUGGCCGAACGACGAAAUAGCGGAAAAACUGAAAGGAAACGAGGGUUUCCCGCUGGUUCCGAUAACACACAGGACGAACAAUAGCGCGAACAUAGCCGCAUCGCACCCCUUUCGAAAUGUCAUUUUUCCGAAAACGCCACCGCUACGUCAGUUUCGUUCGCAUUAUUUUGAUUAAAUUAUUCCGGACCAAAUAGUAAUGUCAUUAUUUUUUUAUCGCGACAGUUUCAUUUCGAAUGCACAUUCGUAUUCCUAGCAGAAACGGAGUCGCCGACAAACUGAACGGAAAUCCACACAGUCAUGAGCCACGCCGGAUUUUCUAGAGAAGACUUCAGCAACACCGGGGGCGGGGGAUGCGACAAAAUUAACAGGUACAUCAACAACAACGGAUUUAACAACAUGGAGGAAUUCAACAACGCGGACGAAUCCAACAGUAUGGAGGAGUGCAACAGCUUGGAGGACCUCCGCAACACGGAGGGCUACAACAGCACCGAGGAAUCCAACCAUUUGGGCGACGAAGAGGAGGAGGUUGCGGCGAAGGAUAAAUAUUCGACGAAGAACCGCCUAUGGAAUUCCAAUUUCGUCGACAUUACUGAUGCUAAUGACAAAAAAUCGCAGUAUAAGAAAAACAACUACAAGUUUGCCAGAAACUCCACCGGAUUAGUUACGCUGUACAUAACGUCUUGCGAACAGAACUCUCCGACGCGACUCUCUAUAGAAACUUUAAAGAAGGCAGUACCGAAUUUGAACUUCGAUAGCACCAUCGAAACCGAAUACGGAUUGAUCAUCAAUUUGCAAAACGACAUUUACAUACAGAAAUUACUCCGAAUGGACCUAGCCAAAAUCUUCCAGAAACCAGUACAGGCGGUACCGUUAUUUUCGGGGAACUAUUUGAAAAUAGUCAGCUUCAAACAGAUCCCGUGGUGCGUUCGAGUCGAAGAGAUAGAAAACUGUCUGAAAAACCAGGGCAUCAAGCACGGUCGCAUAUCGAGAGAAAAAUCUACGCUUUUCAUCGAAACAACCGACUUCCCGAACUAUCAGCGCCUCAAAGAGGAGGGCAUCAAUUUCUACAACUCGGUCAUGUUUUUAGCAUCGGAAGAUACGGGAAUCAACGACGAGAUUCAUUACAACAGCGACGAUAUCAUUCAAUGCUACAAGUGUCAGGGAUUCUGGCAUACGGCGAACACGUGCAAGCAGAACGUGCGCUGCGUCAGAUGCGGCGAGCAACACCUAGUCCAAAACUGCAAUCGCCCCAAGUGUAGUCCUAUAUGUUGUAAUUGUAAAGGUCCCCAUCAUGCCGCUUAUAAAUUGUGUCCCGUCAGACUAAAACUUCAAAAGUCCGUUCGUGUAUCUUUUUUAUUUGACCAAUGAUUAAUGCCACUCGAAGAAUGUCGUUGGGAGUCUUUGUAGUUGCAUUGCACGUGAAUCGAGAGUGGAUAUUUCAAAUUUUUAGUGGGUUUUUUUUAUUGUGGAAUUGGGGUAAUCAAGUCGAUUGAAAAUGGUAUUUAAAUUGAUAGAUUUUGAAUUGUUGGGUUAAUAUUUUGUGGAAAUGUACUUCUAAAACUACUUUAUUUUAAUCUUAAACAUAUUGAAUUUAAUCGUGCUAGUAUUAUAAAAGAGAAUGGGGUUUUUAUUUUAUUUUUUCCUCGUCUGAUGACUACUCCCCAAUCUACAUAAGUACGUGCAAAAAUUACCAAGACUGCUAAUAACGUUUCUUCGAGAAUGCGAAUGACUCUAUUAGAUUGAAAGAAGGAAACCAUGAAUCAAAAUUCUGUAAAUAAUUGAAAUAAAAUAUUCUACCAAC